AUCUUCGUCAUCAUCAUCAUCAUCAAAUAAUAAUAAUAAUAAUAAUAAUAAUAAUAAUAAUAAUAAUAAUGUGACAAUCGAAAAUUAUUCUCCAACCACAACACCAAUAACUUCGUCAAAUAAUAAUAUGAUAUUUGAAAAUUAUUCACAUAACACAACGUCUCUAUCAUCAUCUUCUUCUUCAAUUACUCAAAAAAAAUCAUCCAAUAUUAAUCGUAGUAGGUAUGCCGGAUUAAAUGAUAUAGAUAUUCGAAAUUACUUACAAUUUACGGCUGCAAUGAUAAUGGGAGUUUCACUAAAAGAACUAGAUGAUCAUACUACUUCUUUAAUGAAAUUAGGAAUGGACUCUAAUACUUUAAAAUUAUUUUUAAAGAGAAUAGCUGAUAUUCUUCCAUCAUUCAUUGAACUUCCUGACAAUUUUAUUGAAGAUAAUUUAUCAAUUGAUUUAAUAACGCAAUUUAUAUUAGAUAUAAUGUCAGGUGGUGGUGAAAAUUCUUAUAAUAAGAAAAAACAAAAGUUACCAAACGAAUUAGAAGAAGAUCAAGAAAAAUUACAAUGUUUAGUUGAAGAUUUAGUUGAUAAACAUACUUUGUAUAUAAAAGAAAAUUAUACUCAACAAUCAACUGAAUCAAGUGAUACUCAACAAUCAAGUGAUACUUCAAUUAAAGUUGGUUUGAAAGAAUUGUUUAUUGAACAAAAAGUUUUUUUAUUGACAGGUGCAACAAGAUUUUUGGGUGCUCAUAUACUUAACAUUUUAUUGUGUCAUUCUGAUUCAAUUAUAUAUUGUUUGGUUAAAAGAAAGAAAGCUCAAAGUCCAAAAGCAUCAUUAAAACGUGCAUUCUUACGUUAUGGUUUUGAUAGUUCUUUAAUUGAUUCAAAACAAUUAAUAGCUUUAUCAUCUAAUUUAUCAGAACCAUAUUUAGGUUUAACUGUACAACAAUAUGAAGAAAUAUCUCAAAAAGUUACUUCAGUAAUACAUGGAAUUUAUUCUAUUUCAAUAUCUUCAAAAUUUUCUAAUAAUAAUAAUAUUAAUAAUAUAUUAAUUCAUUAUGAAAAUAAUUUUAUAUUAGGAACUGCAAAUUUAUUAUUAUUUAGCGCACAAAAAGAAUUUCAUUUUAUAUCUUCAUUGGAUUGUUGUUUAAAUGGACCUUGGGAAAAAGUUCCUGAAGGAAUCAUUCCUCUUAAAGCUUCAAUUACAACAGGGGAUGGUUAUGGAUUAACAAAUUUAAUAUUAGAAACAAUUUUAAUUAACACUUUUGAUUAUUUACAAUUAGAAAGUGUUAGUAUAAUAAGAACAUCUCAACUUACUUGUAAUUCGAAAAGUGGUGUUUGGAGUCCAAAUGAUAUGAUACCUUUAUUAUUAAGAAAUGCUGGUAUAACUGGGAGAAUUCCCGUAUUUGAAGAGAAAUUAGAUUGGAUUCCGGUAGAUAUUGCCGCAAAAUCUAUAGUAGAUUUAGUUAUAACUGAAAAUCGACUUAGUAGAGUUGAAGUUUUUCACGUAUCAAAUCCAAAUUCUACAAUUACGUGGAAAAAUUAUUUGGAUAUUUUAGAAGAAUCUGCUGGAAUGAAAUUUCAAAGGAUUGAAUUAGAACAAUGGUUAGAAAAACUUGAAGGUGGUGUUACUGAUGGAAUUUAUGAUGAAGGAAAUUUCAUGAUUUUGAAUGAAUAUUUUAAGAGAUAUUUGAAUAAUACAUCAACAGUACGUGCCAUGUUAGAUAUAGUAAACACAAAAUCACGAACUUAUAUAUUAAGUAAAUGUCCUCCAUUAAAUGAGGAGUUAGUAACAUUAAAUAUUGAUUGGUUAAGAAAUACUGGAAAUCUAUCUGAAAUUGCUUCACCUCCAACUACCACCACGGAAAUAACUUCCAAAAAAAUGACAAUUUCUGAUUCUUCAGAUUCUAUAGACGCGAACGAAAAACAAGUUCAACCCAGAAACAAAAUAAAUAAAUUAAAAAAAUCAAAAAUUGAAAAUGAAGGAAGUAUAUGGAAUUUAUUAUAUGUUACUAUACCUUUAAUGAUAUUCUUUUUUGUUAUUGAUAUAUUAUGGAGUAUUGUAUCAAAAAGUUUUUUUGAAGUUUCCAUUAUCGCUGGAUGGAUUGCAACAGUUAUCUUUGUUGAUGAUAAUAAUCAACAACAAAAUGUUGCUGAUGCUAGCGAAGAAUUAUUAAACGAUAUUGAUAGGAUUGAAAGGGAAUUUAGAAAUCACAAAAGAAAUUCUGUAAAUGGAAAAAGAAGAAUUGUUUUCAGGAAGAGAGUUUCUCGAAACAUUGAAUAAUCAUAAUUUUUGUUUUUAUUUAU